AUGGAGGUGGAGGUCGCCCCAUCCCAGUCGCCCUGCGCUUUCAAUCCCCGAUCAGGCCAGUGCGCGCCUCCGUCCUGCCCCAGUGCGAAGCGUGGGAGCCCGGAUGUAGAGGCCUCCCCAUCACCCCUGACCGUGGGAAGCAGCCCACAGCCACGGGACUGGGAACUCCUGCACCUGCAGAGCUGCUCUGGCCAGUGGGCCAUCUCAGCCAGGGGAUCUGGGAACAGGGGGCUCCCCAGCCCCGGUGCGCCCAGCCCGGCUGGCAGACUGCUCUGGUUUGGGUGCGUUUCUUUUAUCCUGACCUGGUGUCGCUUGUCCCAGGGAACGUCCUCCAAGCCCAGACCUCCCCGUCCUCCAAGCCCAGACAGUCCGUCCCUCGGUGUCCCUGCUACCCGGUUCCGGAAAAGGCAGCGGCACUGGGCCGAGGCAGCAGGGAGCUCUCUCGGGACCGAGCGGAGGCCGGGUAAAUACUUUCGCUUCUGUUUUCCCCGCCGGGGCGGAGCCCGGUCUCCUAGUCAGUCCUCUCCGACGACCCACUUCCUGCUCGGGCCCAGGCAGCUACGGUGGACUCAGGCAGGGACGCGGAGAGCUCGGGGGCCACCGUGCCAGGCCCAGGCGGGGCUCGGCGGGAAGAUGGCAAGUGGGGGCCGGGAGCUGAGCGGCAGAUUUGAAGACACAUUUUUCAACUUUUCCAUACUUGCAAGACUUCCUCUUCUGGUCUACUCCACAUUGACGUUCACAGAUGUCCAAGAUACAGAGGACCCUGUGCAGAUUGUAUUUAAAUACUUCAAAACAAAUAAAGUACGGAUUUCAUAUGCAAUACAAAAAUCAUUUCCUUUUCUUGAGGGUCUCCGUGACCGUGAACUUAUCACCAACAAAAUGUAUGACGAUUAUCAAGAGUCCUGUAAACACCUGGUCCCUGUACAAAAAGUGAUGUAUGAUGUUCUCAACGAAUUGGAGAAAAAGUUUGACCUGGCGGUUCUGGACGCAUUAUUCAGUGAGGUCAACAGGGCAGAGUACCCCGACUUAAUACACAUUUACAAAGACUUCCAAAACAUGAUCCAUGACAAACUGUGUCUCCCAGAAGGUGAUGGAGAAGAGAGAGAAGAGAGACCCCACACCCAACUAAGGCUUGAAGAAGGAACUGGAAGAAACUCUGCUUCACGAAGCCUUACGUGGUCACUCCCGGAGCCUUCAGCUGACGGUAAAAACUUAACUGAGAAUGGACUCCCAGGCUGCUCCCAUGAAAGAGAACAGAUAAAUGGACUGCAAGAGGAAGCAACCAGGGAAAGAAACGAUGCACCACGAAGCCACCAAACAGAUGACCAGACUGCCCAGGAGUCUGCACCAGGAGAAUCCUUUGAAGAAGUGCCAGUGGAUAGUGACAUAAGCCUGGAGCCGCCCAGCCCACCGCCCUACGACAACAAAAGAACAGAACAGCACAGCCAGGACAUCCAGAUGAAAUCCUGUUCUGUGCCUCUGGUAGACAUAAAGAAGGAAAAGCCGUUUUACUCGGAAGAUGAGCAGCGAACCCGCACCAGGGCUAAGUACCAGGCAACUGAUGUCAUAGUCAUCAGCAGCGACGACUCCGAGGAACUCAGCGAUGAAGACAACUUCCCCAAAGCCUCUACCUCAGCCCUGAGAAGCCAGUGUGAGAUCAGAAUCCAAGGCCUGUUAGAAUCAAAUGAGGAGAAAGAAACCCAAGAAGCUACACACUCUUAUCAGAUUAAACCAAAGCCCAUGAAUUUCAGAGAUUCGCCUACAUUCAGAAGCCCUCUAAAACGAGAGAGAAGAAGGAUCUAUGUCUCUUCAGAAUCCAGUGAGGAAGAGAUGCUCCCCAAAGUCACGUUCUGCACCCCAGAAAGAAGAAGUGGGCAGAAUACAAUGGAUCGUGUGCCAGAAGGCCAAGAAGCAAGGAUGGAAAGUAGGCAAGCAUCUUCUAGAAGGGAUGCUGCGGAUGUAGGAAACAAUUCUACUUUGGGAAAAGACAUUGGGAAAAAAAGGACAAAGAAAGGAUACACAUGUAAAAUAAAGGCUCUCCAGAAACGUAAGAGGAAACGUAAGGAUUCACUCCGUUUAGCGUCCCAUGGCCCUGAUCUGCCAGGGAGAAAGAGAGGUAGAAACAGACUUUUGUCAAGUGGGAGUAAUGGAUCCCUAAGGAAAAGAGGUUGGUCAAAAGGGAUAAAAAUAGUCACCAGUAAACUUUUGAGAAGAGUCAGAAAAAGAGGUCCUAGAAUUCCUAAAGAAUUAAAUGCAAAUUUUUACACCCCUGAACUUCCUGUGACCUGCGGUGAUGCUAAGGCAACCCUGAUGAGGGAAGUGUUUAAGCAAGGAGUCUGGAAGAAGAGCAUCAGGAGCGAGGAUGGGAAAUGGUACACUCCUAAAGAGUUUGAAGUUGCAGGAGGCCGUGCAUCUUCCAAGAACUGGAAAAUCAGUGUGCGCUGCCAUGGAUGGACCCUCAGAGAACUGAUGGAGAAAGGAAUCUUACCGGAUCCACCAACUAAAUGGAGAAAGAAAAGAACACUAGACUCUGACAUCCAUACCUUCGUGGACCCUUAUCCACAAAACUCAAAUGAAUGUGAAGUGUGUCACCAAGGGGGAAAGCUGUACUGCUGUGACACUUGUUCAAAAUCCUUUCAUGAGAACUGUCACAUCCCGCCUGUGGAAAUCGAGAGAGACCCCUGGAGUUGUAUCUUCUGCAAGACAAAGGCUAUUCGGAAAAGGUGUCGAGAAAGCCCGAAGUGUCAUCAGGAAUCUGAGGUUCUGAUGAAGAGGAUGGACAAUGAGGAAAAGUUGAAAUGUGAGCUGCUCCUCUUGAAGGUCUGCUGCUCUGUAGAAAGAAACCCUUUCACAACACAGUGUCAUAUGCAAGAGACAGCUGGAGACCAACAGAAGUGCUUGCAUUUAGAUGAAAUCAAGACCGAGCUGAAUGAGAAGAAGUACGUCUUAGUAAAGGAGUUUGUGCAGGACAUUCGGUGCAUGUUUCAGAGCUACAAAGCACUUGACGAAAAUUACGUUACUGUGGCACGUAACCUAGAAGCUAAAUUUGAGAAGAAUUUCAAAAACAUUUUUGGCAUCCAGGAAAGAACUCCAAACAAUUAUCUGUCUCCCGGCCUGGGACCCUUCAGCCACUAACUGUGAUAUUCUGAUGAUCCCACCCACAGCCCUGCCUCGUCCUGGCCAGACAAAAUCAUAUUACAUUUCUUUUUCAAGUGUUUUUGUGGCUCUUCCCGUUGAUUUUUUUAAAAAUAAAAAUUCUCAUAUAAAUCAAA